GGCCUGGGGAACCCCCCGCCACUGGGCCUUGCCCUGCACCCCAAGCCCCGUCUCUCCGCAGGUUCGAUUUCCUGUGCAUGCCGGUCUUCCACCCUCGCUACCGCCGGGAAUUCAGCCACCAGCCGGCCCGCGGCCGCCCCGGCCCCCACACCCGCUCCGACCUGCUGCUGUCAGGGAGAGACUGGAACACGCUGAUCGUGGGGAAGCUGUCCCCCUGGAUCCGCCCUGACUCCAAGGUGGAGGCGGUGCGCAGGAACUCGGAGGCGGCAAUGCUGCAGGAGCUGAACUUUGGGGCAUACCUGGGGCUCCCUGCAUUCCUGGUGCCCCUGACGCAGGGCGAGAACCCCAACCUGGCCCGGGUGCUGAGCACCCACAUCCACACCGGGCACCACAGCACCAUGUUCUGGAUGCGGGUCCCUCUGCUGGCCCCCGAGGAUCUGCGGGACGACCUGAUCGAGAACGAGCCGGUGCCAGUACCCGAGGAAGGCUCGGGGGACGAGAAGACAUGGAUAUGGUGGCACAAUUUCCGGACCCUCUGUGACUACAACAAGCGCAUCGCAGUGGCUCUGGAGGUGGGGCCAGACCUGCCCUCCAAUCAUGUCAUCGACCGCUGGCUGGGGGAGCCAAUCAAAGCGGCCAUCCUGCCCACGAGCAUUUUCCUGACCAAUAAGAAGGGGUUUCCUGUCCUCUCCAAGAUGCACCAGCGCCUGGUCUUCCGCUUGCUCAAGCUGGAGGUGCAGUUCAUCGUGUGGGGCGCUCACCACCAUCCCGAGAAGGAGUUCUGCUCCUACCUGCAGUACCUGGAGUACCUGAGCCAGAACCGGCCCCCCCCUUCCGCCUAUGAGCUCUUCGCCAAGGGCUACGAGGACUAUCUGCAGUCCCCCCUGCAGGUGAGCGACCCCGUCUGCCCUGAUGGGAACAACCUGGAGUCCCAGACUACGAGGGUCUUUGAGAAGGACCCUAUCAAAUACUCCAGUAUCAAGCAUGAGGGGAGCCGGGGCCUGCCUGGACGGUAGCCUGAAGAGGAGAAGCACGAAAUGUUGCAGGUGGUGAUGGUGUUGGGGGCUGGCCGGGGCCCCCUUGGUCAUGCCACGCUGGGGCGUCCCGCCAGGCCAAGCCGGCGAGGUCAAGAUCUUAUGCGUGGAAGAAGACACCCCAAUGCUGUGGUAUACUGGAGCAGCUGGCAGUACGAGGAGUGGGGAUCCCAGGUGACCGUCUCGUCCGACAUGCGGGAGUGCGUCGGCACCUGGGCAGCCGAUCUCCUCGGUGUCAGAGCUGCUGCGCUCCUUGCCGACAACGAGCUGUCCCCCGAGUGCCUGGGAACGCGGGGGCAACAGCACUACCUCCAGGCGGGCGGCGGUGAGCUCCCCAGCACCUACACCGUCCUUCUGGCCAUCUCCUCCUCCAGUGUACAACGAGUGCGGGCCUGUCGCAGAGAAGACCGGCACCCUGAGGCGCAGUUCGAGAUGCCCUACGUGCGACUCCACAACUUCCACCCAGCUGGCGCCACCUCCAGCCCUGGAUUCACCUUCCAGCCACGCGCACCCAGCCCUGUUGUGCAGACCCGCGCGGGAACAAGAGCCAGUAACGGCAGCCUGGAGUUCGCGGUGGAGGUGAACACGGUGCUGCACGGCUUCCGCCGCUACUCGAGACCAAGCUCUACGGCGCGUCACGCUCAGUGA